CCGGCCAAUAAAUUCAUGUCCUUGCCAUGAGCUUUUUCCGUGCCGGGCCCGGCCGACCCACAGCCAUCAAUCGUACAUGUUAGUUUUGUGAGGUCUGCAAGUCUGCAACUCUACAGGCUACAGCGUCAGACUUUCAGAUUCAGAUUCCCAUUUCGAACCCCCUGUGACAAAAACUUCUUCCCAAAUCAUACUUGUUAAACCCUUAAAAGUUAAAACCCCAGCAGAACAAAUCCAUUCCAAAACUUCCGAUUCAAAGCGUCUACCAAUCAGUGAUUUGUGGCCAUAUGUGCCGCCAGGUAAAUCGAGUAAUUCUGAGUUGCUUUUAGGAAAUCCCUGCGGUGAAAGUGAGGUCUGGCAAAGUAAGCUAUAGCAGAUAUUAUAACAGUCAUAUGCUGGUCUACAUUGUGUCUUUUAGUUUCUCUCUUGGCCAUAGUUGUAGUAAUUAGGUAUUUUGAGAUGGAGGAACUGCUAAAGAACCCAGUAUUUGCAAGCCAUAUUCUUGCAGCUUCGGGUUCUGUGGCGGUAGGCACUGCUCUAUCUUACCCUCUUGAUACUAUCAAAACUCUCAUCCAAGUUGGUGCAAGUUCCAACAAGAAGUUGACUGCAGCUCAGGUUUUGGGAAGGGUUAGGUCUGUAUCGGGAUAUCCAGGUUUAUACAGUGGUCUUAGUUGGCUGACUGUUGGAAGAAUCACGAGUCUUGGUACUCGUUUUGGGGUCUAUGAAUUUUUGACUGCGUUCUAUAAAGAUGGUCGUAUUGAUAAUUAUGUUUAUGUGUCCGAAGCCCUUUUGUCGGGAAUGAUAGCUGGGGCCUUGGAGUCUUGCCUGACUUCUCCAUUUGAGAUGAUAAAGCUUCGAAAACAGGUUGCUGCUGCAAUUCAUGUUCCUAGUAGUAGUAAUUCAGUUGUCAAAUCUGCUGUUGCACCCAUGACUUCUAGGCUGUUGCCUGGAUAUAUUCGCAAUGAAGUGGCAUUCGAUCGUACUGUCAACUUGUUAUCUGUAUUUUCUUCAAAAAAUCAUAACAUGGCUGAGGCCUUGAAAAAUUAUCCUUGGAUGAUGACUGGAUCUGGUAAACCACCUGAUGUCACUGAUGUAAGAAGGCCACAAGAUAUUGUCAGACUGGAAGGAUGGCGUUCCCUGUGGAGAGGUCUUCGAAUAGGAAUACUACGAGAUUCUAUUUUUGGUGGCAUUUUUUUUGGCAGCUGGCAAUUUCUGCACCUAGCAAUGCUUGAUUGGAAGGCUGUUGGGAUGGAUGCUCCUCCAGAAACAAAUGAUGAAAUCGGUCCUCUUUCUCCUUUACUUGUUAGCAUGGCAGCUGGAUGUUCUGGAUCAAUGGCUGCAGCUGCUUCUCAUGGUUUUGACACCUCCAGAACCCGCUCUCAGUGUGUUGUGCUGCCCAAGUAUCUGUCUAUGGAGAGGAGAUCCCUAAAAUGGAGCUGCCCUGGGAAUUGGUUUGAGAGACUCUCUGGGAUGCACCCGUCAGAUCGCAAUCUUCUAUUCCGGGGGAUGUCUGCAAGGAUGGCUCGGAGUGGUUUGGCGUCAUUUGCCCUAGUAGGGACUUACUAUAUGGCUGUUGACCGUUUUAUUGCCAAAUCAUAACACCUUGAUUAUGGAGUACAAGCCGUGAAGGAUUGCUCCAAAAGAAAGACUAGAAAUUGUUUCUUUGUAUACAAACUGUGACCUGGCCAUAAUAUGAGGAAGAAGAAAUUUUACUACGUCUUGCAGUUUUUUCACACUUGUGGAAAAGAAAAAUAGUUGCUUGGUCACAACUAGCAAUGAUGUUGCUAAUUUGUUUUGGUGACAAGUUCCUUUAGCUACUUCUUUUUGCAUUCCUAUUGAUUACAUAAAUUAUCCACUUUCUUUGUGCUUCCAAGGAAGCUUAAUACAUUUACAUUGGUAUUUCCAUUACCCGAUUAACCAUAUAGUUGGAAACUCAUUGAAAUUCGAGUAUCAACAAUCAAUUGAAUUUUUCAUAUUUUUUCAUAUUUCAUCACAUUUGUGAUUUCAUUGUUCUUUAAAACUUUGACAUCUAUUCUUUGAUUGAUUAAUAUGAUAUUAUGACAUAAUGUUCUCUACUGGGAAUUUGCAGCUUCUCCUUUCUGUUGUUUGGUUUAGGGAAUUGGUUUUGUGUAUUGAAUGACAACACCGUCAUACAGGUUACGGAGUAGAUGCUAUUCUAAGGAGGCCACGAUACGAGCUACCUUUAUCUUGGCAUGCAGAGGCAGAGGAAAAGGAAAAGCAAGAAUGAGAGAUUACACAUAUGCACAACAUGUUUGGACUGCUCCUCCAGCGGACCAUUUGAAAUUGAACACAGAUGGUGCAUGGAAGGGUCUGAGUGUAGCUGGGGUGGUGGCGUUUUCAGAAGGUCUUCUGGCAAUUAGGGAGGGUCUGAUUAUGGCAGUGGUGUACAAGGUGGAAAAACUGCAGAUGCUAUGUCUUUGCUAACUAUGUUAGACACAAUUGAUAAUCAUCAUCAUCAUCAUGAGUUAUCUUCUGUGUUAAAUGAUGUGGCAAGUCUUUUGACAAGGUUUUCUUCAAUAACAGUUACUCAUAUUCCAAGGGCUCGGAAUAUGGUGGUACAUUGUUUUAGCUGCGAACUCCCUCACAAUGGCAGUUGGUCACCAGGUCUUUGUUGAUGUCCCUCCUUUUUACAAAAAUACCAUUAUUGUUUAAUUUUUUCCGGAAAGAAGAUGCAUGUCAUUAUAGUUGGAACAUGAACUAUAUAACCCCUGAAAAGAAAUUACCAAUUGGUCUAGUUUUUCUUUUCUUUGAUCUUCUGUGUUCUUUCAAAUUUGGUUAGCAUAUGAUUAAUUAUAACCGAUUCGUGCUGCACUCUGCGAUGUAGUAUGCAUAAGGUUAAACAAUUCAGUUGAAGAAUUAUAGCGGAGUUGGUACCGUUUUUAGGAGUUAUAACCCAAGAGCUCUAUCAUCCUGGUACAAUUCAGGGGAAAUCAUUCUCAGUGGUGGUGGUGUUCCGGUAGUUGCUGGGUGGACAUUAAGUGAGCUAAUUUGCAUUUAAUUCUGUUGGUUGGUGUAAUUAUAUCUAUUGAGAUUUGAAGCUUAAGCUUAGCUGGUUUAGGUGGAGAUCAGCUUGCACCAUCAAACAGUAGAAGUUCUACUUUUUGAUGUGCACUGCAGCAAUUACAGAGCAUUUUUUUUCUUCUUUUGCUUGUUUUCCAGGUAAAUCUGUUCAAGUACAAAGACAACCGGACAAGGUUCUUCAUUUCUGCAGUUGUAAGUAUUCGCCAUUAUUUAGCUGACACUAGUAAUAGAAUGUUUUACAAAGUAUUAAGAUAACCUACAGGGCAGGCUUCAGAGAAAUCACUUUUGGAAAAAAAGUCUACUAUAAAUUCUGAUGAGUAUAUUUCAUAUUUUCAUCUGUGAUGGUUUAGGAGCUUGGGCUUGGAAGAAAUUGUAAGACCUUUUAGAGGUUCAAUUUCAGUCUUCGAAGAAAGAACUUUGAUUUUACAGAGAUUCUGUUGACCGAGUUGCUGAUUUAGACAUAACCAUCUACACAAGCAGGCGAUUUACACUGUUUCAGUUCUGAAUGCAGGUUCGUAGUUGUCAGAUCAGAGCCCUAUCGACAUUGCUUUGCAGUUUGCACCCAUUAUCUGAAAAUGGAGAACACGUUUAUGUAAACAAGUUCUUUGUUUACCAGGUUGAAAAGAUUUUGUUGUGGUGGAUGAAACCUGUGCUAUUGUUGAUGCGGCUGAUACUGAAACGUAUACAAACAACCCUAAAUAUGGUGUUUUUGAUACUCAUGAGGCCAGGGAUAAGCGGCAUGUAGUCACCUUUGGCGGUCCGUGAUCCUUUUUACUUGUUCAAAUGGUAAAUUUUAUGGCUAGCUUGUAUACUUUGGAAAACAUUGAUGAAUGUUUGAGAUUAAACUGAUCCAUAAUAUGCCAAUUAUUGUUUCUUA